UGGAGGAAGCUGAGCGCGCGUGUGUUUGUGUAACGAAGGAAAUGUCCUUUAAUGCAAAGACUAAACUGCAUCAAUGGCGGGACGCUUGAAGAAACAGCUAAAAGAGGCUGUGAAGGUCAUCAGCUCAGGUAGCCUUUUGUUUGCUUCCUACCUCACUGCGGUUGGAGAUGAGCGUUUCUAUGCCAACCAGCUGAUGCCUCUGCUGCAGAGGAUUGUGGGUCCAGAAACUGCACAUGUGUUGGCAGUGAAGAUGAUAGGAAUGGGCCUGGUUCCUCUGAACCGCUACCAGGACCCUGCUUCAUUGGAAAUGAACAUACUUGGAUUAAAGUUCAAAAACCCUGUUGGGAUUGCAGCAGGUUUCGACAAGCACGGGGAGGCUGUAGAUGGCCUGUACAAGGUGGGCUUUGGCUUUGUUGAGGUGGGAACGAUCACUCCAAAACCUCAGGAUGGGAACCCGAAACCACGUGUGUUUCGACUCACUGUAGAUAAUGCAGUGAUAAACAGAUACGGAUUCAAUAGCUGUGGUUUGGCAGAAGUGCAGGCAAGGCUGAAGGCCAGAGAAGAAACGCAGCUCCAGCACAGUAAAACUGGCCUUCCCCUGGGCAUCAAUCUGGGGAAGAACAAGCUUUCCCAGGACGCAGGGGCAGAUUACUUGGAGGGUGUGAGGGCACUGGGCCCACUGGCUGACUACCUUGUUGUCAACGUCAGCAGUCCAAAUACUCCAGGUCUCCGAGACCUGCAGGGCAAGGCAGAGCUCCACCGGCUCUUGUACUCGGUGAUGAAGGAACGUGACGCUCUGCAGCAAGAACACAAACCUCCGGUCCUGGUUAAAAUUGCUCCAGAUCUCACCGCCCAGGACAAACAAGACAUCGCUGAUGUCGUCACUGAGCUGGGAGUGGAUGGGUUAAUGGUGUCAAACACAACCGUGUCCAGGCCAGAAAGCCUUCUGGAUCAACACAAGUCCGAGGCUGGUGGGCUGAGUGGCCAGCCUCUCAAGGACCUCUCCACUAACACGGUCAGAGAAAUGUACAAACUCACCAAAGGGACAGUACCAAUUGUUGGAAUUGGGGGUGUGGCCAGCGGGCAGGAUGCAAUGGAUAAGAUCCGAGCUGGCGCUUCACUGGUCCAGCUUUAUACCGCCUUGACCUAUCAGGGGCCACCUGUGGUGGCAAAGAUUAAACGGGAAUUGGACCAACUUCUAAAAGAUCAAGGUUUCAGCUGUGUGUCGGAGGCUGUUGGUGCCGAUCACAGGGAAGGACAUGGAAAAUGUUAAUGUGGACACUGGUGGCUGUUGGUACCUGUGACGGCCAAUUCCUUCAACAAAUCCAGCGUGAUAAUGAGCUUGUCCUGAACUGUAUUUAAUUCAGAGUUUUUAUGAUCAUCAAUCUGUCCAUCUGGAUUUCCUUGUCAGUAAACAACAGCAAUGCUUUUACAGAAAAUGUAAUGAAAAAUGACCGCAACUGUAUGUAAUCCAGAGUAUUAAGAAGCUGAAGUCUCCCUCGUGACUGCAGCUGUUCAUGUUUUGUUACAGUGUAACAGCAGGUAGUGUAUCUCAAGUGCAAACUGACGCCAAAGUGCUGAACCUUUUUGUUUCGUUUUUGUGCAAAGGAAAUAAUCUGUCAUAAUUAUGUGUGUUUUGGCUGAUAAAACUUGACAGAAUUGACUAAAACAGUUGAAACAUGAAUUCAAAUCCUGAUGUUUUAUUUCUUUCAGAAAAAUCUGUUAUUUGUGAACAAUUGAAGUGAAACACUCCAUAGAUAUUUAAGGUAAAUGUCUAUGAAGUGCUGUGACUCUUACUCUGUUGUGGACAACAUUUUUCUUCAUACGGCCAUAUUUUCUAUUCUUGAAAUAGUCACACGAAUGAGUAAAUGAAAAUGAGGUCAGUUUACCAACAGAUUCUGUCAUCCAUAUUUUAAAAAUUCACCCAGAUGAAAGCUUGAUUUCACAAUCUUCAACUUUAGCUAAUUACUACUGCAAAUUGGUGGAUGCAGGACUGUUCUGUAAAACUAUGCAUUUAUAUUAAGUUGAAAUACUUCAUAUUCAUGGUAUUUUUCUUGUUUUUGCAUCAUGACAGAUUUUCUGCUAUAGUUAACCUGCUUGGUUGAAAAGUGUGCUGUUCUAUUUGAAGACAAUAAUACUUACUGUACCAAACAAGUCAGAGAUGUUGCCAGUGACUCAGUACUCAAUGCUAUCAAGUACCAACCAACUAUAUGAGUUAAAAAUGGGUCCCACUUGGGUUUGUCUGCUGGUUCAAUGCUUACUGGUACCCUGCCUGCCUAUGCUUGUCCAUAUUGACUCUCAGUGGGAUCUACUUGGAUUUUAGGUGCCAACCAACUGGUUAGUUUCCCAAUUAGGAUAUGUUGCUGAAGCUAGAUGGGACUUGCAAUUUCCCCUUUCUUAGCCCUUUCCUAACCCAUUUCAAGUCCUCUCUGUACCCAAGUAGCCCAUUCUAAUCCAGAUGGGGCCACAUGGAAAUGCUGUAUGGGAAGAAGAAAAAAAAAAUACUUCUGUUGGAUAUAACCGUGAGGAAUGCCAUAUUGAUAUGAUUUUGCCCAUGACUGCUCUUACUAGAGUUACAGGGCGUGUAAGAAAUGCUUCCUCUCCUUGGUAACUGGGACGACAUAAAACUUGAAUUAUAGCGACCUAGACCUCUAGAUCUCAAUGAACCCUCUUAUUGCUGUCAACAAAAUGUAUUUGUGCAGACUUGAGAAUUUGCUAAAUCAAAAACAGGGUUAUGCUUGGAUAGGAUCUGCAGUUCCUGUUUUUGAAAAUAGAAAUUAUUUUCCCCAAUCUUCAAGAGAAACCACUGAUGAUCUAAGAGAUUUCUACAGUUGGAAGAUAUUUCUGGCAGGAACACAAAAAGCCUUUCAAGCUAUAGGCGGAUGGUGUAUCCUCCCAUUGGAGCCUUAGGCUGCUUUUAGAGAUAUUCUCAGCUUUUCGUCACUUACUGACAUAUUGAAAUGUUUUCUUAGUCUAUCAAAAAUGCCCAGAACAGACAACAAUCAUUAGCCAUUGCCAGUGCAGGCUGUGAGGAUCAGCUGUCAGAUGCCAAGCACUUCCUUCUUCCUCUCCUGAGGCCAAGUCCACACUGGCUUGUAUCCCAUAUGUGGUAUCACAGGGGGAGGAAACGCUUCCAGACAGGAAAAACUUUCUUAACUGAUGGCCACUUAGAUGUAUGAUGUCCUCAAAUAACUUCCAUUUCAGCUGGGAGGCAGCACGAGCUGUUACACAGAACACUGUCCUUGAGAUGCUUGCUGAUUUUCAAAAGGGACAUUCAAAGAAAAAUCAUUACCAGGUCCAAAGGAACCAAGUGGUUAAGCAUUAGUACAAAAAAGAGAAAAUGUCCAAAAUAUCAAUACUGGAAUAAUUUAAUAGCAAAACCAUCAAUGUCCCACAGUCUAAGUUAACCCUUAACUCACCCUCCAGACACAUACAUACCUGACUAUCUUUAUUAAAUACUUUUAAAUAAAACAGUUGUGUAUGUUUUAAAAUGUUCCUUGAUGAAACUCAA